AUGUAUUUUAAGGCACACCUCAAACACAAUGCUUCCUGUCCGUGUGACAUCCUGGGGAAAUCAAAAGAAAUCAGCCAAGAUAUCAGGAAGAGAAUUGUGGUCUUCCACAAGUCUGGUUCAUCCUUGGGUACAAUUUCCAGAUGCCUGAAGGUGCCACAUUCAUCUGUUCAAACAACUAUACGCAAGUAUAAACACCAUGGGAAUGUCCAGCCAUCAUACCGCUCAGGAAGGGGACGGGUUCUGUGUCCCAGAGACGAACGUGCUUUGGCGCGAAAUGUGCGUAUCAACCCCAGAACAAAAGCAAAAGACCUUGUGAAGAUGCUGGCUGAAGCUGCUGUAGAUCACAGUAACCAGUUAUCUCACCGGAGAGCAGCUUCCAUUAAAGAGCCUAUUCCUCUUUACGAUUACCACAGCUACAAGAUGCUGUUUAAAGCUGUUUACCGCUCAGCAUGCAUCUCUGCUCAGCAUGCAUCUCUGGUCAGCGUGCAUCUCUGCUCAGCAUGCAUCUCUGCUCAGCAUGCAUCUCUGCUCAGCAUGCAUGGCCUGGUGAUCCGAUCACAAGUGGACAGUCGAGACACAUUCUCAUUCACACGUUACAUUGCUGCCUAUGUUUCCUCUGCUCAAAGGGACUCGCGGACAGUUAUCACGUGGAAACAGGGUUCAAGGUUCAAGGUUCAAGGUUCAAGGUUCAACGUUCAACGUUCAAGUGAGUGUGUGUAUAUGGACGCAGAGAGAGAAAUCUUUUCACACUUGCAGGAAACGCAUGCGCGCGGAGGAAACCCCGACUGGUUUGUGUCAAGUGAGGCAGACGGAUGUGAUCGAGCCCCAAAAAAAAAAAAAGAAAAAGAAAAGAAAGAUCACCUGUAUUCUGGCAUUCAUGGUGACACAUCCAUGGGCUCGGAGCGGGUGGAGAUGCGUAAGAGACAGAUGCAGGUUCAUCAGGAAGCAGCUGCCAGUGUCCUCCAAGCGCGCCACAGCAUGGGAAACACCCCCACCAACGCCUCAAACGCCUGCUGCUUCUGCUGGUGCUGCUGCUGUAGCUGCUCCUGUUUGACUGUUAGGAGUGAAGACGAAACAAUACAGAGAUCCACUUUUGAGCGCAGAACAGAGGAAAUCACUAGUUGUGAAGAAAGCCCCAAGCCCACUGAGGAAGACGCACGCUCCUGGACAAUUUCAUUUGAAAAGGUGAUGAAAAGUGCAGCCGGGCGCAGCUGCUUCAGGCAGUUCCUGCGGACAGAGUUCAGCGAGGAGAACAUGAUGUUCUGGCUGGCCUGCGAGGAGCUUAAAAAGGAGACAAACAAGACUGUGGUGGAAGAGAAAGUUCGUCAAAUAUACGAGGACUUCAUUUCAAUCCUUUCCCCUAAAGAGGUUAGUUUGGACUCCCGCGUCCGAGACGUGAUCAACCGCAACAUGCUGGAGCCGACCUCGCACACGUUCGACGACGCUCAGCAGCAGAUCUACACGCUGAUGCAGAGAGACUCGUACCCUCGCUACAUAAACUCCACUGCGUACGCGGAUCUGCUCAAGAGCCUGGAGGAGCCGCCCCCUGAGCCAUAG